GUUUCGCCGACUGCGUCCAGACAAUAUCAAGCCUAUCCACUGCAAGUGCCUGGAGAGAUGCUGGAAAUUUCCUCACGAGGCUUAUUUCGUGUCUUCGAAAGAUGAAGCUCGAUACCAAGGCUUUGCGAUACCUCAAUCCUACCGACUGGCGCACCCUCACGGCUGUUGAAACUGGCAGCAGAAAUCAUGAAUUAGUGCCGACGUCGCUGAUAGCCAAUUUGUCGAAGUCGAGUCUGGGUGACGUUCAACGCAGUAUAUCGCUGUUGGCCAAGGCCAACCUCAUCGCCAAAGUCCAAAAUGCCAAAUACGAUGGGUACAGACUGACUUACGGCGGUCUAGAUUAUCUUGCCUUGCAUGCCCUUCAGAAAAACAGUACCGUCUACAGUGUGGGCAAUCAGAUAGGAGUGGGAAAAGAGAGUGACAUCUUUGUGGUCAGCGAUGAAAAGGGUGAACAAAGAGUUCUCAAGAUCCACAGAUUGGGCAGAGUCAGUUUCAAGAAAGGCGUGCGCAACAAGCGAGACUAUGCUAGAACAAGAGCACAGAAAGAGAGGGGCGCAGGAAGUUGGAUGUACAUGUCACGACUUGCGGCGGUCAAGGAGUUCUCCUUUCUGCAAGCACUACAUGAUGUUGGGCUCAGCGUGCCAAUCCCUCUAGGACAGAACCGUCACCAGCUCGUCAUGUCUUUGAUCGACGGCUUUCCACUACGACAGAUCGAAAAGGUCCCAGAUCCAGCUGGUCUGUAUGCUGAAUUGAUGGAUAUGCUGCUUCAGUUGUGCUCGCUAGGCCUGAUACACGGAGAUUUCAACGAGUUCAACAUCUUGAUUAAAGAGGUGGAAGAAGGAGAGGAGAUCAAAUUAGUGCCUGUCAUGAUCGAUUUCCCCCAGAUGGUCAGUGUGGAUCAUGCCAAUGCAGAAUUCUAUUUCGACAGGGAUGUUGAAUGCGUGAAACGCUUUUUCGCCAGGCGAUUUGGAUUCACCAGCACAGCGAAUGGCCCGCAUUUCAAGGAUGCGAAGAAGCAGGUUGGUAGAGACGGGGCGCGAAGAUUGGAUGUCGAGGUCGAGGCUUCAGGCUUUUCCAAGAAGAUGGCGAAAGAACUCGAGGCAUACAUGCAAGAGCACGGGGUAGACGGUGACGCCAAAGGAGCCGGAACAUCUGAUAACGAGGAAGACGAUUCCGAUGAGGCGACCAGUGACGACGAGGUCGACGAGCCUGUGGACGAAGCGGCCUCGGACAGGGGAUGACAUGACGCUAAGAUCCAUGAGAAUGCAGUUCGGUCGUCACGCGUGAUGGUCUGGUGGAAGACCUUGUUGACAGGACAACACCAAGUCAUAACUUACAGCUCGUUAUGAGAACGAUAAUCCAGGGC